UCGUGCGCCUUCUCCCAACUCCCGCUAGCACCCCUCCAUUUCCGCACACAGACAUCUCCCUUCUCUCCAGGUUAUUUCCUUUUUUGUCUUCUCCCUCCCUUCAAAUCCAUCGGAUGCCCCUCCGCGCUGCUUUCGAUUCGGUGCGCCUCUGAUUCCCACGGGUCCAUCGAUCGCCGUCGGGUCUUCUCUCCAUGGCCCCGCCUUCAUCCUGCUCCGCCGCCGGAAAUAGGAAGUCGAACUGCCGCGUCCGGAAGCGCACGGCGGCGCCUUCCCCGUCCGCGCCGAAGAAGUUUCGUUCGAUGGAGGAGAUAAUGCGGGUAGCUUUGCCUGCCGCCCCCGUCUCCGGCGAAUACUACGUGGACCUCCGCUGCCAGGAGUGCCGAUCCGGUGAUCGAGAGGAGGAAAUACUCCUGUGCGACAACUGCGACCAGGGGUACCACCUCUAUUGCCUCCGGCCGAUCGUCGUUAGAGUUCCAUCUGGGCCCUGGUUCUGCCCUAGCUGCGUAGGAGAAAGAUCGAUUAAAAGGUUUCCGUUGGUGCAAACAAAGAUUAUUGAUUUCUUUAGGAUUCAAAUGGCCAACGACGAGAAAUGUUGCCCCUCCCAAGAUGGAAAAAAGCGCAAGAGACGUUCCAUAGUUAUGUACAAGAAGAGAAGACGACGAUUAUUACCAUUUAAUCCUACAGAAGAUCUUGCUCUGCGACUUCAACAAAUGAGUUCUCUUGCUGCUGCAUUAACAGCAAUGAACAUGGAAUUCAGUAAUGAGCUGACUUAUUUACCUACAAUGGUCGAUAGAUCUUCUAACCAAGCAAAUUUAGAAAAAGGUGGCAUGCAGGUCCUUCCGAGGGAAGAUAAAGAGGCAUUAGAGCUUUGCAAAACAAUGAAUAAAAGAGGAGAAUGUCCUCCUCUCUUGGUAGUUUUUGAUCCAAUUGAAGGGUUUACUGUUCAGGCUGAUGGUCUUAUAAGGGAUAUGACACUUGUAGCUGAGUAUACGGGCGACGUUGACUACUUGAAAAACCGGGAACACGAUGACUGCGAUAGCAUGAUGACGCUUCUUCUAGCUACUAACCCUUCUGAUACUUUAGUGAUCUGUCCUGAUAAACGUGGAAAUAUUUCUCGUUUCAUUAAUGGUAUAAACAACCAUACUCGGGAUGGUCGGAAGAAACAGAACCUUAAAUGUGUAAGAUAUAAUGUAGACGGUGAGUGCAGGGUAUUGCUUGUUGCUUGCCGUGAUAUAUAUCGCGGAGAACGGCUAUACUAUGAUUACAAUGGAUAUGAGAAAGAAUACCCUACUCACAAUUUUGUCUAACAUCUGAUUACCUCCCUAACAUGACUAUUCUAACCUCUUCUUGAGCUUGUGGUAUGGCAGGAUCAGUUUUUUGCACGCCAAAUUUGUGUGUAUAUCACAGCUCUCCCGUUUGCAACUUCUUGAUAGAUAAAGUACUUUCAACAAUUUGUAUACAUUUUUUUUAGCAAUAUGGACAUUAUAGUUCUAUUUAAGAGGCAAUUCAAAUUCAUGUUCGUAUA